UAUGACACUUAUCAAACGAGUAACCUCAAACUAAAGAUAAAAUGACAACGUUAGAUGAUUUGCAAAGAAUUAAUGAAUACGAACAUUAUUCGUAUUUAAAUCAGGCGUCAGGAGAAUCCCUAUUAAAGAAAUAUCGAAUUCCCAUUCAACAUUUCGAUUUUGGAUAUGUGGCUAAUGCAAGAGAUCCAAAUGAAUUGGAAAAAAUGAUUGAGGUUCUACGGUCUGGACAAGAAGGGUAUUAUCCAGAUUUAUUAAGAGCAACUGAGGAACAACUUAAACGAUUAAGACCAAAUAGUAAAUGUUUAAGAAAGGCUUGCAGAGUGCUAAAAAGGAAUGAGCUUCAGAGAGAUGAAGUGGAGCAACUGUCAAAUGAUCUACAAAAAUGGACCGCCGAUAUAUCGCGGACGAGUCGAGAGCUGGACGAAAGAAAAACGAAUAAAAUAAAAUGUGAUGUCCAAAUAAGGCAAUGCGAACCCCAACCUGAACCCUUAAACCUGGUGAAAAACAAGGAAGAAAAACGAAUUGCUUCGACUGAUUACACCGCCUGGGAUAAAUACGAUCCAGAUACCGAACUAUUAAAGGAAGAGUUGGAAGCAGAACGACUUAGAAAAGAAGCUGAAAAAGCCAGACAAGCUGCAAAAAAGAUUAAGCAAGAAGCGGCUCGAUAUGCUUAUGCUUGUACCAGCCAACAGCAGAAUCAAUUCGUUAUGGGUGGGCUUAGUGGUGCCAACAAACGAAAACUUUCUAAAUCGGUGUCUUUUAACGCUUAUUCCACUGAUGCCGAAGCGAUGUUUAUGUCUAACAGAGAACUUGAUAAAGGCAGGGAGUUUUUCAGAAGCGGAGAUUAUGAGUUGGCCUUAAAACACUUCUCCCAAAGUAUCUUGUGUAAAGCUAAUGUUACCAACUUAAAUAACCGAAGUUUAACAUAUUUGAAAUUAAAUAAAUAUGAAGAGGCUAUACAAGAUUGUGAUCGAGUUUUAGCCAUUGAUAGGAAAAAUUUGAAAGCGUUGCUAAGAAAAGGCCAAGCGCUAGAAGGUCUUAAAAUGUAUGAAGACGCCCUGUGUUGCGCCGAAGAACUAAUAGAAAAGGACCCGAACAAUAUUAUGGGUCAAGAACUGGCCGAAAGAGUGCGCAAAUUUUGCAGAAACAUUUUGAAAAAUACAAGAAUGAAAAUUAUAGAAAUAGAAUAAAAUAAUAUAGUCAUGCGUGUGUAAUGCAAUAAAAAUAGUUUUUAAUCAUUUGUUCGUGGCAAACACGACGCUUCUUUGUCUCGAUUAAAAAUAAAUAAACAAGACCCCUUUUUUGAA